GGUUAAUAAUAAGAAUCCAGUAACUUUUACAGGAAAGUUUUUAAAGAAAAAGUUACUUGAACAAACAACAAAACGAUUUGAAAAUAUCGAAGAAAUAUAUCCAUCACAUUUCUAUGCUAAGGCUACUUUAUUACUAUGUUAGAUUUAAAAAAGCUGCAUUUACAUUAAAUGAUAAUGCCAAUGAUGCUGAACAAGAAGUUCAAAAGGAGAUAGCUGACUACAUUGAAACUAAUGCUCCUGAGAGAACUGUACUCGAACCAAGUGUACAUCAGACUACUUUGAUGCCAGAACAACUACAACACAACAGUCAAUCAUUUUCUUUACAAGAAAAUUUAUUAACUUAUUUAGAAACAACAGUCACCACACUUCGGUCUCAGACAACAUAUACUAGUACAGCAAUGACAUUAUUCAAACAAUACAUGAAUAUUGAAUUUUUAAAUAUCCAAGCUGAUGAUCCUAUUUUAUUUUGGAAAAAUAACAAACAAAAAUUAGGUGCAUUAAGUGAAAUAGCUUUAAAAUACUCUUGUAUACCUGCCACAUCUGUACCAUCAGACAGAAAGAGUAUUUUCUAA